UACUGGACAUAGUCGGUGGUCCAGGUUUUGAUAAAGUACGUGACAUUGAGACAGCGGUGCCGCAGUCACCGUGUCGUCGGUGAGACUGGAAGACGAAGCGCUCGCGGGAUGAUUGGUGAGGUGUUCCACUGACCGCGCCCUCAUUUCGCGCCCAUAGCCGCCACCGGGAGACCGCGCAUAGAGCAGAGCUGCGGUGGCAUUGCAUGCAGGUGGAGCGGCUUGACGCGCUCACACAGCCGUCGACUGAACGGCAGCGAAAGGGGAGGGCAAACGCCGCAUUUCGCCUCUCUGGACUAUACAAAAGACAAACGAACAAUUUCCAGUGAGAAGUGGGGAUAAAGCGCACUCGCUUACAGCCACAAACCCAGAGGCCUGGUCAGAGGAUUUCUGGUGGUGACGACUUACCGGUGGAACGCAGAUGCACAUCUCUAAAGGAAGUUGAGGUUUUCUGGGGAAAGAAAUCAUGUAUUUGACCUACUACCCACAAAACGAAAAAUACAACCGCAGCAGUAAUCCUACUUUUGCCAGAGGGUGAGAUGCAUAAAUCGGUCUUUUAACAUGUCGAGUCAACUAGAUUUUUAGGGCAGUUUUAGAUUCCAAAGCACUAAGUACUGUGUGAGUUUUAUAUAUACAUAUAUAUAUAUAUAUAUGUUCUUUCAGAAGUGUUCCUCAAUGGAGUUAUUCAGAAGAGAAUCAAGAUGGAGAAUCAAGUGAAAAGAAACUCUAAAAUAUUAGGUUUUUUUUAGAAAACUGGGACCUUGCUAUUUCUGCAGUGCUAUUUUGGAAAGGCCAGAUAAAUUAAUACGCUAGACUGGGAAUAAAUCUCUCCUCUGCAGUGGAUUAAGAGAAACGGAACAUUAGAAAAGGAGGAUUAGGAGCACGCUUGGAAGAUGAUGACGCGGAAGUGGAGGUGCAGUGCGAAGUUCUCGCAGGCCACUGUUUGGCUGGGGCUCAUGGUGGCCAUUGCAGUCACCAUGGCUCUGGAGUUCGACGGUCUGCCCGGUCAGUGGGUUCGCUAUGGACCCUGGGAGGCGGGGGCCACUGGAGAGCUGAGCUUCACCAUGAAGACGAAUAUAAGCAAAGCUGUAGUGCUGUACCUGGACGAUGGUGGCAACUGUGACUUCCUGGAGCUAUUGAUCAACGAUGGUCGUCUGCAGUUGCGCUUCGCCAUCCACUGCGGCGAGCCGGCCUCGUUGCACAUGGAGACACACGUCAACGAUGAACGCUGGCAUCGCGUGCUGCUCACGAGGAAUUACCGUGAGACCAUGUUGGCAAUGGACGGGGAAAGCAAAGUGGCGGAGGUGAAGUCCAAGCGUAGGGAAAUGAUGGUGGCGAGCGACUUGUACGUGGGUGGCAUCCCACCGGAUGUGCGUCUCUCGGCCCUCACGUCCAGCACGGUCAAGUACGAGCCGCCUUUCCGAGGCCUGAUCGCAAACUUGAUGUUAGGAGAGACUCUUCCUGCUCUCCUGGACAGUCAGGGUGUGAAGAAUGAUCUGGAAUACCUGUGUACCAAACAAAACCCCUGCAGCAAUGGAGGACGCUGCUCCAUUCGUGACAGCGAGGUGCUGUGCGAUUGCUCCAAUACUGGCUACAAAGGGAAAUACUGCACUGAAGCUCUCCAGCAAGUUCUCGGAGGUGAUCCAGAAUCAGGCCAAGUGGAGUCAGUGGCCACGUUCAAGGGUAAUGAGUUCUUCAGCUACGACCUGUCCCAAAAGCCUAUCCAGAGCAGCACAGAUGAAAUCACCCUGUCCUUCCGGACACUGCAGCGAAACGGCCUCCUGCUCCACACCGGCAAAUCUGCAGACUAUGUCAACCUGUCUCUGAAAAGUGGGGCUGUGUGCCUGGUCAUCAACCUGGGCUCCGGUGCCUUCGAGGCUCUGGUGGAGCCAUCCGAUGGCAAGUUCAACGAUAAUGCAUGGCACGCGGUCCGCGUGUCCCGCAACCUACGUCAGCGCGCAGGGGUUGGACUCCCUACGGUAAACAAACUGCAUUAUAUGGUGACGAUAUCGGUGGACGGCCUGCUGACAACCACUGGCUACACCCAGGAGGACUACACCAUGCUGGGCUCAGAUGAUUUCUUCUAUGUGGGCGGCAGUCCGAACACGGCAGAUCUGCCCGGCUCCCCUGUGAGCAACAACUUCAUGGGCUGCCUUAAAGACGUGAUCUACACCAAUAAUGAGUUCAGACUGGAGCUCUCCCGCCUGGCUGAAUUGCGUGACCCCAAGGUCACCCUCCAGGGUGACCUGACCUUCCGCUGUGAGGAUGUCGCCGCGUUAGACCCCAUCAGUUUCGACACGCCGACCGCUUACGUAACCCUUCCGCGCUGGAAUGCCAAGAAAACUGGUUCCGUGUCCUUCGACUUCCGAACCACUGAACCCAACGGCCUCUUGCUGUUCAGCCACGGCCGGCUGCAGGGUUCCAAAGACCACAGACCAAAGGUUGACUUCUUCACCAUGGAGCUGCUUGAAGGCUUCCUCUACCUGCUCAUGGACAUGGGCUCCGGGAGCAUCAAGAUGAAAGUCGGGAACAAAAAGGUCAACGACGGAGAAUGGUGCCAUGUGGAUUUCCAGAGAGAGGGCAGGAAAGGCUCCAUCUCCGUUAACGGCCGUAGCAUGCCUUUCUCCACCAACGAGGGCAGCGAGAUUCUGGAUCUCGAUGGUGAAAUGUAUCUGGGGGGUCUGCCUGAGGACAGCGGGAGUCUUCCUCUCCCCCCAGAGGUGUGGACCGCCCGCCUCAGGCUGGGCUUUGUGGGUUGCGUGCGGGAUCUCUUUAUAGACGGCCGCAGCAGGGACCUGAGGCGGCUGGCGGAGCUUCAGAGCGCUCCGGGGGUCAGCAGCUUCUGUACGAGAGAGACCCAUCGGAGGUGCAGCUCUGAGCCCUGCGCCCACGGAGGCCGCUGCCGCGAGGGCUGGAAUCGACACGUCUGCGACUGCACCGGAACUGGAUAUCUGGGUCCCAACUGUGAGAUGGAGUCCGCAGUGCUGAGUUAUGAUGGCAGCAUGUUUCUGAAGGUCCUGAUGCCUCACGCUGUUCACACUGAGGCUGAGGACGUGUCUCUGCGCUUCAUGUCUCAGAGGGCUUACGGUCUGCUCAUGGCCACCACCUCCAAAGAGUCUGCUGACACCCUGCGCCUGGAGCUCGACGGGGGAAGAGUCAGACUCACCGUCAACCUAGAUUGUAUCGGGAUAGACUGUAACCUUAGUAAAGGACCGGAGACUCUGUUCGCAGGGCAGAAGCUGAAUGACAAUGAGUGGCACUCUGUGAAGGUGGUGCGCCGUGGGAAGAGCCUGCAGCUCUCUGUUGACAAUGUGACCGUGGAGGGCCAGAUGAGUGGAGCACACACGCAGCUGGAGUUCCACCACAUAGAGACGGGCAUCAUGACUGAGCGGCGCUUUAUCUCAGUCAUGCCUUCCAACUUCAUCGGCCACCUGCAGGGCCUCUCUUUCAAUGGCAUGCCGUACCUAGACCAGUGCAAGAAUGGUGACAUCUCCUACUGUGAGCUCAAUGCCCGCUUUGGCAUGCGCCGCAUCGUGGCAGAUCCCGUCAGCUUCAGGAAUCGAGCCAGCUAUGUGGCGCUGUCCACCCUGCAGGCUUACGCCUCCAUGCACCUCUUCUUCCAGUUCAAGACCACCAGCCCCGACGGUCUGAUGCUGUUUAACUCUGGAGACGGCAGUGACUUUAUCGUGAUCGAGCUUGUGAAGGGGUACAUCCAUUAUGUUUUUGACUUGGGCAAUGGGCCGUCGCUCAUGAAGGGCAACUCCGACAAGCCACUCAAUGACAACCAGUGGCACAACGUGAUGGUGUCACGUGAUGACAGCAACGUGCACACGCUCAAGAUCGACUCCCACACGGUCACGCAACACUCCAAUGGAGCCCGCAACCUGGAUCUCAAAGGAGAGCUGUACAUUGGAGGUGUUGGGAAGAGCAUGUACAACACUCUGCCCAAGCUCAUAGCAUCGCGGGAUGGCUAUCAGGGCUGCCUGGCCUCAGUUGACCUGAAUGGCAGGCUUCCUGACCUGAUCGCAGAUGCUCUACACCGCGUGGGCCAAGUAAAGCGAGGCUGUGAAGCCGGCCCUGGCACAACCUGCACAGAGGACUCGUGCUCCAAUCAGGGAGUGUGUCUGCAGCAGUGGGAGGGGUUUACCUGUGACUGCACCAUGACGACAUACGGAGGUCCCCUCUGCAGUGACCCUGGGACCACAUAUAUUUUUGGGAGAGGAGGAGCACUCAUCACGUACACAUGGGCUCCCAAUGAUCGGCCGAGCACCAGGGCAGACCGUUUGGCCGUGGGCUUCAGCAGCCAGCAGAGUGAUGCCAUCCUGGUGCAGGUGGAGAGCAGCCAGGGCCUCGGAGACUACCUGCAGUUGCACAUUGAACAAGGAAAGGUGGGUGUGAUCUUCAAUGUGGGCACAGAUGACAUCACCAUAGAUGAGCCUGCGGUCACCGUGAACGACGGCAAGUACCACGUGGUUCGCUUUACGCGUAGCGGUGGCAACGCCACCCUCCAAGUGGACAACCAACCCGUCAUCGAGCGCUUCCCAUCAGGGAACAUUGAUAAUGAACGGCUUGCUAUAGCCAGGCAAAGAAUUCCAUACAGACUUGGUCGGGUAGUUGACGAGUGGCUACUCGACAAAGGUCGGCAGUUGACUAUCUUCAACAGCCAGGCGGCUAUAAAGGUGGGAGGUCAGGAUAAGGGACGGCCAUUCCAGGGCCAGAUCUCAGGCCUGUACUACAACGGGCUGCAAGUGCUAAAAUUGGCCGCCGAGGGGGAUCCAAAUGUACAGGUGACAGGAAACUUGCGUUUGGUUGGAGACGCACCCUCUGUCCUGUCUACAGAGACCACCUCUGCCACCCCUCCAGCUGCGGCGGACAUGUCCACCACAAUAAUGGAGACCACCACAACUAUGGCCACUACCACCACCCGUAGACAGCGCUCUCCAAGCCUGAAGGACAGUAUUGCGCAGAACUCAGAUGACCUGCUGGUGGCGUCAGCCGAAUGUCCCAGUGAUGAUGAGGAUCUGGAGGAGUGUGAGCCUGGCACUGGAGGUGAACUUGUGUUGCCCAUAAUUACCGUGGACACCCAAGACCCCCUUCCCAUAGCCACCCGUUACCCUGCCAUCCCCGCCCCUCCCACAUCCCUGACCCCUCUCCAAACCACCAAAGAGUCCCUUGUCCUGUCUGACCCCCGCCCUCCAUGCCCUCCGGACCAGGAGGACUGCGGUGACCCCAUGGAGGUAUCGGCUUUCGGCUCCGGAGAAAUGACGGAGUCCGAUGACGAGGACUUUUACAAAAACUCCCCCAUGGUCACAGACAGGACGGUCCUACCGCCGCCCCCCGCUGUGGGCAAGAGCGGAGGGCAGAGCCCAGGUGACCACCGCCCUCCCAUCCCCGGCCCCACCACUAACCCCAACCAGCUCCACAUCCCCGCAGGCAAAAUGAACACCCGUGACCAGGUGCUCCUGCCACCUGCCCCGCCCUCCCGUCACACUCCAGGGUUAACCUACCCGCCUGGUUUCCCCCAUGUACCCACAGCUCACCCCACCGACCUGAUGGAGAAGGGCCACCCGGGCGCCGUGGAGGUAAUCAGGGAGUCCAGCAGCACCACAGGCAUGGUGGUGGGCAUCGUGGCGGCUGCCGCCCUCUGCAUCCUCAUCCUCCUUUACGCCAUGUACAAGUACCGCAACCGAGACGAAGGUUCUUAUCAGGUGGACCAGAGCCGCAAUUCGGGAUCUGAAAGCAACGGCGCCGUGGUCAAAGAGAAGACGGCGAGCACGACCACGGCCGUCGCAAAGACGACCACCAAGGGCAAGAAGAAUAAAGACAAGGAGUACUACGUCUGAGAGAGACAGAGGAGGAGGUUUACAGACAGGAAGUGUGCUGAGGAUUUCAAACCUUCAAAUCACCUCCUCUGCAUCCUCAAACAUUUAAGCCACACAAUCUUCUGUUUACUUCUCCAAACGUUUUUCUGCCACCGAAAGAUAUGAACGUAGGGAAUGAGGAGGAAGGAACACUGAGCGAUAGCUCCUCCUUUCAUUUCUGUCUUGCGAAGCCUUUGUUGUAUGUAAUUUUAUCGCUAUCAUGUCUAAAGAAAAUCUUCCAUUACAUUCCAAAUGAUGUAAUGUCCUCUUUGCGAUUAAAAAUUUAUGUUUUGCGUGGUCCGGGUCUCCACGGGAGAGAAACAAAACACCAUGGACAGGGAGAGAAAACCCACCGGUUUAACAGAUACCUCCACAUAUGAGCUUUUGGUGCUAUUCUUGAACGUUUGUUUAAU